GCUGUGCGACGCAACUUCGCGACACAUCGAACUCAUGUCGGACAUCUUGCCCUACGUCGAGUGCCGGGAGCAGCUGAGCCUCUCCAUGUGGUCCGAGAUCGACAGGAUGCGGGUGCGCGACAGUCCAGCAGCGGUGAAGCCGCCGCGCAAGCAGACGGACGACGACGGCGAGAAGCUGCUGGACGACGAGCACCAGGACGAGGAGGAGGAGGAGGACCAGCCUCUCGACGAGCCCGUCAAGGCCAGGCUCGGCCAGCUCCGCCGCGAGUGGGCCAGGAGCGCCGCCCACCAGGACAAACUCUGGAAGCUCGACGGGUUCCUGCGGCACGGGGUGCCCUCGACCAAACGUGCCGAGGUCUGGAUGCAGAUACUAUGCGCGGACGAAAC